UAAGUCAGAAGCCAACUUCAGCACCGGCGUCACGGUGUCACCUUGAAUUGUGUUCUGAAUGACUGAAUCUGAAUGAGGCUGUUCUCCUUGACUGAGAGGCUCAGUGUUAGUUCCUAACAGAAGCUAAAGGCUCGGUUCGGGUUCGUCCAUGCCGUGAGGCUCCGCGUCCAUCUCCUACUAGGUUUAAAAUGGGAGUAGUCCUGCGGAACCUGCAGAAGGUGGUUCCUCUCCGCCGCGCCAGGCUGCGCAGGGACGUGGACACGCUGAGACACAUCCUGGGCAUCCAGAAGUUCGACCUGGGCAUCAUCUGCGUGGACAACCGCAGGAUUCAGCAGAUCAACAAUCUUUACAGGAAGAAAAACGCGCCGACAGACGUCCUGUCCUUCCCUUUUUAUGAGGACCUGAGGCCCGGUAAGCUGCCGUGUCCGCUGCACAGAGAUGAGCUGAACCUGGGAGACAUCUUCCUGGGGGUCGAGUUCGUGAUGAAUCAGUGCCAAAAAGAAUCACUAGACCUUCACGGUGCUCUUACUGCCGUCACUGCACACGGCAUCUGCCACCUGCUGGGCUACCGACACGAGACGGAGGAGGAAUGGGCCGAGAUGCUGCAGAGGGAGCGAUACAUCCUGAGCGAAUACAACAGACUGACCGGCCGCCAUCUUGAGCCGCUCAUGAAGGCGUUCAGCCCAGAAACGUGACGGCCGCGGAUCGGCGCCUCGGAUCGGCGCCGCGCUAAAUGUUUUGCACCAAUUCAACCACUGCUGAUGUUUGAUGGUUUUAUGUAAAAACUGCUGGAAGGACAUUUACAGCAGAACAAAAACUGAAACAGUUAUUUAAAAAAAGAACUAAUCCA